AUUGAAUAUGAAUUUUGUCUCAAAAGCAGAUUCCCCUUUAUCCUCACAUUCCAAAUUCCCGGCUAAUUUCACCUCUGAUUCUAAUUCCACAGAUUUUUUUAUCCCUUUUUCGCUCUCUACUAAUACCAAUGCCUCACUCCCUCUUUCCUUCAGAUCAAUCUUCUCUUCUCUUAUAUCAAUUCCUUGAUCAAACAACUUCACUAUUCACAAUCCUAACAUGGGCUACUUGAAGGAACACAUCAAUCAACAAACUGAUCCAGCUGCAGUUUUACGUGAUGGAAAAGAAAUUCUUCUUCAGGGAUUCAACUGGGAGUCUCACAAAUACAACUGGUGGAAUAAUUUAGAAACUAAAGUUCCUGACAUUGCUAAGUCUGGAUUUACUUCGGUGUGGUUGCCACCACCAUAUCAUUCAUUUUCACCUGAAGGUUACACUCCGCAGAACCUUUACUCCCUCAAUACUAAAUAUGGUUCUGAGCGUCAGUUAAAAGCUUUGCUUCAGAAGAUGAAACAAUAUAGAGUCAGAGCAAUGGCUGACAUAGUUAUCAAUCAUCGUACUGGAACCACUCAAGGACAUGGAGGAUCGUAUAAUCGAUUUGAUGGAAUUCCUUUAGCAUGGGAUGAACGUGCAGUGACAUCAUGUACUGGAGGACUGGGAAAUCGAAGCACUGGAGCUGUUUUUCAAGGAUUUCCUAACAUUGACCAUACUCAGGACUUUGUGAGAAAAGAUAUCAUUAACUGGCUUCGCUGGUUGCGCUAUGAUGUGGGUUUUCAAGAUUUUCGAUUUGAUUUUGCAAAGGGGUUUUCAGCCAAAUACGUAAGAGAAUACAUUGAGGGAGCAAAUCCUUUGUUUGCUGUUGGAGAGUACUGGGAUACUUGUAACUACAAGGGUUCUUCUUUGGACUAUAAUCAAGAUAGUCAUAGACAACGAAUAGUGAAUUGGAUAGAUGGCACCGGACAACUUUCAACUGCAUUUGAUUUUACAACCAAAGGAAUUCUUCAGGAAGCUGUGAGAGGAGAGUUUUGGCGGCUACGUGAUACUCAAGGAAAGCCACCAGGUGUGAUGGGGUGGUGGCCAUCAAGAUCUGUCACAUUUAUUGAUAAUCAUGACACAGGCUCAACUCAGGGUCAUUGGCCAUUCCCGAAAGACCAUAUUAUGGAGGGAUACGCAUAUAUAUUGACUCAUCCUGGAGUACCAACAGUCUUCUACGAUCACUUCUAUGACUGGGGCAACUCAAUUCGAGAUCAGAUAGUGAAAUUGAUUGAUAUUCGCAAGCGUCAUGGUGUUCAAAGUAGAUCGCCUAUAAGGAUUUUGGAGGCUAAACACGACCUCUACUCUGCAAUCAUCGGCGAAAAACUGUGCAUGAAGAUUGGAAGUGGUUCAUGGUGUCCCUCUGGAAGGGAAUGGACACUGUCAACUUCUGGCCACAAUUAUGCAGUGUGGCAUAAGUACUGAUUCUUUGAUACAAGAUUAAGUGCUUCUGGUCUCCUUCAAAUUAUGAUUAAUAACCCUUUCCAUUGUAUCUCUAUUAUCAAGCAUCAAUGGCUGCUUUCUUUAUGUAAUAUAUAUGUAACAACAAAAAUAAGCAGCUUUGUUUAUGUUAUGUAUAAAAUAAAUGAAUAAGCAUAAGUUUAUAUGGGUACCUAUAAUUA